UAUGCUAACAUUAAUCUUUGUUAAACCUCCGUCUCGCUGAGGAGAAAAAACGGGGAGAAUGAACUCAACCGGUCCAUUUCAGAUAAGUAACUCCUUAGGCGUAAUUAGGUUUUCGGAAAAACCUCUCGCUGCAGAGAGAAUUUGUUUCAGAAAUCGGAGCGCCGCUGCGAACUCGGAUUUUUUCUAAAGCAAAAUAGUGUUCCUGAAUAUUGCUGGCUGUUCUCGUUAUUCUGGAGAUUUGUGCUUCUACCUGAAACCAACCGUUGCGAAGAGAGAAGAUUUUAAACUGCGAAAUAUAAACCUCAGUUCUGUUUGGAGCUUAAACAGCAGGUUCGUCGCGAUGGGGUUAGAGAGAGUAAAAGAUAUCCAGGUGAGCUCUGUAACACAGCUGAAGUUUCAGGAGAAGCAGAAGAAGAAGGCUAAAUCAGGGGGCUUUGAGUCCUUAGGUUUGAGUCCCCCAAUUUUCAGAGCAGUAAAACGGAAGGGCUAUCGAGUUCCCACCCCAAUACAGCGGAAGACAAUGCCCUUGAUAAUGUGUGGAUUGGAUGUUGUUGCCAUGGCCAGGACUGGAUCGGGGAAAACUGCAGCAUUUUUGAUACCAUUGCUGGAGAAGCUGAAGGGGCAUUCACCUGGUGCAGGAGUAAGAGCACUUGUUUUGUCUCCAACCAGGGAGCUGGCACUUCAGACUUUUAAGUUUUGCAAAGAGCUCGGUCGCUAUACAGAUCUCCAGGCCACCGUGCUUGUGGGUGGGGAUAGCAUGGAGACUCAGUUUGAAGAACUAGCUAAAAGCCCAGAUAUUAUUAUUGCAACGCCUGGUCGUCUCAUGCAUCAUCUUGCUGAGGUAGAAGAAAUGUCUUUGCGAACUGUGGAGUAUGUAGUUUUUGAUGAGGCAGACCGUUUGUUUGAGAUGGGUUUUGCAGAGCAGCUACGAAAAAUACUUGCUCAGUUGAGUGAGACCCGCCAAACAUUGCUUUUUAGUGCAACCCUGCCUCGUUUGCUUGCUGAUUUUGCAAAGGCAGGCCUUCGAGAUCCUCAACUUGUACGACUAGAUUUGGAGAAUAAGAUUAGUCCUGAUCUCAAACUUACAUUCUUUACUUUGCGACAUGAAGAUAAAUAUGCUGCAUUGCUGCAUCUGGUAAGAGAGCAGAUUGGUACUGAUCAGCAAACAUUGAUUUUUGUUGCAACAAAACACCAUGUGGAAUUCUUAAAUGAAUUAUUUAGGGAAGAAGGAAUAGCGCUGUCUGUUGUGUAUGGUGAUAUGGAUCAAGCUGCCCGCAAAAUUCAUCUUGCAAAGUUCAGGGCAAGGAAAACAAUGUUAUUACUUGUAACCGAUGUUGCUGCCAGAGGGAUUGAUAUUCCUCUUCUGGAUAAUGUGGUCAAUUAUGAUUUUCCUCCGAAACCUAAACUAUUUGUUCACAGAGUAGGUCGUGCUGCCCGUGCUGGUCGAACUGGUACAGCAUAUUCAUUUGUAACAUCAGAAGACAUGCCAUAUCUUUUGGACUUGCAUCUUUUCCUGUCAAAACCUGUUCGACCAGCGCCGACUGAGGACGAGGUUGCAAGUGACAGAGAAAAAGUUUUGUCUAGGAUCAAUGAAAUGGUUGAGAAAGGGGAAUCCAUUUAUGGACGUUUUCCACAAUCUGUGUUGGAUUUAGUCUCUGAAAAGAUACGGGAGCUAUUUGAUGAGUCCAAUGAGCUUAGAGCUUUGCAGAAGGCAUCUGCAAAUGCAUUUUCUUUAUAUUCCAAGACAAAGCCAUCUGCAUCAAGAGAAUCUGUAAAAAGAGCAAAGGAUUUACCUCGGGAAGGGCUACAUCCAAUUUUUAAAAAUGAAAUUGGUAGUAGUGAGACUGCUGCUCUAGCUUUUUCAGAGCGGUUGAAAAAAUUCAGGCCUAAGCAAACAGUUCUGGAGACUGAAGGGGAAGCAGCAAAAGCAAAGCGUAUGCAGAUACCAGUUAGUCAAGGAGUUGAUAUAAUGAGGAGAAAGAGAGCUAUACAUGAACAAGUAAUAAGCUCUAUCCAGCAGCAAAAAACUACUCAGAUGGCCGACAAUGCUGCCAAUGAACCAGAAUUUGAAGCAGCAAGCACAAAUAAGAGGAAGAGGAAAGAUCAUAAGACAUUCAUUGUGAAGAGUUUUAGGGAUAAGGAGUACUAUAUAAAUUCCAUUCCUUCAAAUCAACAUUCAGAAGCCGGGUUGUUAGUCAGAGGGAGCGAGGAAUUUGCAUCGAACAGUAUGGAUGCAGCAGUUCUUGACCUUGUUGCAGAUGACAGUGCUGGUUUACAAAAACAGAAAUCAUCAUAUCACUGGGACAAGCGUAGUAAGAAGUAUAUCAAAUUAAACAAUGGAGAGAGAGUAACAGCGUCGGGAAAGAUAAAAAAUGAAAGUGGUUCAAAAGUAGACCCUGGCAAGGGUGGUCUAUACAAAAAAUGGAAAGAGCGCUCACACAUGCAAAUAUCUGCUCAGGGACAAGAGGAUAAUGCUCAUGUGGAAGGCAGUGAAGGUGGGACAGACAAUCUAGCAAGAGGAGGAAAAUACAGAAAUUUUGGAAGGUUUAAGAAUAAAAAAUCAAUUCCCAAUGCCAAUGUCCGCAAUGAACUUCGGAAUGUUGAGCAAGUACGGAAACAAAGGCAAAGAAAAGAAACAAAGCAGAUUCUUAGUUCUAGUAAAAAAGAAAAGUUCGGAAAGGGUAGAAGUGGAAAGGGUGGCAAAAGUGCAAAAGGCAGUAAAAGUGGGAAAAGGCCAUUCAAAGGAAAAAGGUGAAAGGAAGUAAGCAUGUUAAUUUAAGUACAGUUUUGAAGUUAAUUUAUGUAAAAUUGAAUUGUUAUCAAAGUGGAUAGCAAGUCCACAAGUUGUGUCUAAUUCUAUGAUGGAGGGUUUCCAUUUAUAUUAAGAACAUGUUAUGGGCACUUGAGAUGCAGAUGUCAAGUGCUUUAUGAUAUUGAGAUCUUGUAUAUAUAUACGUUUAAGUUUUUAACCAUUGAUGCCAAAUUUACA